GACUUCUGGAGGAUGUUUUCAAAAUCUUCUUGAUCAGAUCGAGAACAUUACAGCUCAAGUGCUUCCUUUGGAUACAGUGACCAGAAUUUUGAAUAUGGUGCUUAACGCUUCAGAGAAGAUUCUAGAGUCAUCAUCAUCAGUCAACCCAACUGAACUCGCCUACUAUGGAAACCGUGUGUUAAAAGCCAACGAGAAACUCAUCUCUACAUCGGUGAAGCAGACAGAGACAAGUGCCAGUGUCAGUUUGACUCUUGCUGCUGUAGAGGUUGAAGUCUUCAUGGUUGGACCACACGGCACCAAAAUCCCUCGACUUGACACGACAAAUUCUUCUGUGGACAUUGAUCUCAUUGGGAUCGCCAAGAACAACAAUGAAACAAGAUCAGCUGCUGUGGCUUUCAUGAGCUACAACACAAUGGAGAAUCUUCUGAAGCCCGACUUCUUCAACACAUCAGAUGACAUGGUUAAAACCAUGAUGUCCACUGUGAUCUCAGCUACUCUUCCCAAAACCACCAACACUAAACUCACCAAACCAGUCAACUUCACCCUCAAACACAUCAGAGAGUUUGACCCCAACGGUUCUCUGUCCUGUGUGUACUGGAAUAUCAGCGAGUGGAUUGUAGAUGGUUGUUCUGUUUUAAAGACCAACAGCAGCUACACUGUGUGUUCCUGUGUUCAUCUGUCAACAUUCGCUCUCAUCAUGCAAACCAGCAGACCACCAGAGUGGAGUCCUGGAGUGAAUAACGUGGCUCGAAUCAACCUCUGCAUCAGUCUUCUGCUGGCUCACCUUCUGUUCCUGCUCACACAACAGUUCCUGAGCCUCAUACGCCGUCAUCAGGUGUUGUGUGCUGUGAUAUCAGGUGUGCUGCACUUCCUCUUUCUCUCUGGCUUUGUGUGGAUGUUCAUUGAAGCUGUGCUGCUCUUCAUCUGUGUGAAGAACCUAUCACAGAUCAGCUCCAUAAAUAGGGAGGUGCUUAGCAGUGGAUUCCUGUGUGUGAUUGGAUAUACGGUUGCUCUGGUUGUGGUGGGUGUGUCUGUCGGGCUGGUUCCUGGAGGCUACGGCAGUGAACAUUAAACAUGAUUCUCUUCAUCAACAUCAUCAUCAGGCUAAACUCAACUUUCAAAAAUCUGAACGCUGAAGUUUCACAGAUGAAACAAACCAAGAUUAUGGUAUUUAAAACACUGGCUCAGUUUGUGGUUCUUGGCUGCUCCUGGAUUCUGGGUUUCUUCACUAAUGGCAGUAAGGUUCUGGAGAUCAUCUUCCUGAUCUUGAACUCCCAGCAGGGAACCUUCAUCUUCCUGGUCUAUUGUGUCCUCAAUAAUGAGGUCAGGCAGCAGUACAGGAAGUUCUUCAGAUGCCUUUGCUGUGGACUCAAACAACACUGAAGACUAAAACAUCAUGAUCAGGAAAUAAAAAGUGCCAUUAUUAUAUGGGUAUUUUAUAUAACAGAAUAGAUGGCUUUGGAUAUUAAAUCUCAGUCUCAGCUUCUUUCUGCAAAUGAUAGAGAAAAACAUGUUAUAUGAGUGGCUUAUUUCAUAUCUGUUAAUGCUAUUGGUGUAAAACUGAAAAACAUCUCGGUUACUGUUGUAACCCUCGUUCCCCGAUGGAGAGAAUGGAAACAUUGUGUCAAACCGACACUAGGGAUCGCUCUCGAGAGCCCCAAUCCCCUGUGAGGUAUUCAGAAAAGGCCGAUGAAAUUGGCAAGGAAAAUUACGGGUAUAAAUGAGGCCAGUGUGGAAUUGCUCAUUCAGGUUUGUUCUGAGGAGCCGAGAUGCCGUCUCAACCUCUCAGCAGCAGAUCAAAGUUGUGGCAUGAGGGUCACAACAUCUCCAUUCCCUCCAUCAGGGAACAAAGGUUACAAAAGUAACCAAGACGUUCCCUUUUAUGUCAGUCAUGUUCGGCGAUGUCAAACUGACACUAGGGUCCCUAUGCAUUCUGGGCCUCAGUGUCGCAGAUGCUGGCAAGCAAAGCAUGCCAAUGACAAAUGCACUCAACCCACUCGCAACCUUCCAACGCCCGGGGGCGUGACCUCCAGUCUUCCUUUAAAUAGGACACUUACCAUACAAUGGAAAAGGUCACUUCAGCUGCAGAUAGUAUUUUCUGCUAAAUAAAUUUUAGUAAUGUACAGCUGAGCACAACUGGUUGUUAAAGUUGGGAAGCGUUCUUCUCAAUGAAAAGGGAAAACUAUGGAGACCACAUCCUACCCAACAGGGAAGUCUGUAUGUGGAGAAUACAUCCUAUGGACUUACCGGAUUUAGUAUAACAUAGGGAAGUCUCUGUGGAGUGCUUCACCAAAGAGGGAGAAACUACCAACCACAGUGACUGGUGACAGAGUAAAGCUCCAUCUCGGGUGAAGACAGGGUUCAUGUAAGGGAAACCGAACAGUGGAGAAAUACACAUAUGGAUCCACUGUUAAAGAGUCACUACAUAUGGAGCACAAACCUGAUAGGGGCAUACCACAGGUAAUGGAUCUGGAGUUCCUCCACCAAACUCAUCUACCAAAAUGUGCUGAAAUGAUUGAGAUAAGAAGUCCAAGGUUCACCAUCAUGGGAAACUUUAAAGGGUUAGUUAACCUAAAAAUGAAAAUGAUGUCAUUAAUUAUUCACCUUCAUGUCGUUCCAAACCCGUAAGACUUUCGUUCAUCUUUGGAACACAAAUGGAGAUCUUUUUGAUGAAAUCUGAGAGCUUUAUGUUCCUCCACAGACAGCUACACAAGUGCAAUUUUGAUGCUUCAAAAAGUUCAUAAAGAGAUUGAAAAACUAAUUCAUACGAAUUGAGCAGUUUAGUCAAAAUGUUUUGAAGAGACAUGAUCGCUUUUUAUGAUGAACAGAUUGAAUUUAGGCAUUUAUUGAGAUAUAAACAUUCAUCAACUCACACAUAAGUUGUGGUAAACGGAAGCUCAAGAAUGUUUGCUUGAUGCGUGCGAGGCAAAUAGGUUCUCCUGUGUUACACAGCACGUUUGAGCUUCCAGAAGAGUUUUGUUCUCGUGCAUCAAGCAGGUUCAGUUGAGCUUCUGUUUAUGUUUGCUGAUCAAUGUUUAUAUGUGAAUAAAAGCCUAAAUUAAAUCUGUUCAUCUUUUAAAGCCAUUGAAUCUCUUCAGAAAGUUGGACUAAACCACUUAUAUGGACUACUAUUACAAUCUCUUUAUGAAGUUUUUAAAGUGUCAAAGUAGUAGUUGCGCAGUCAAGGAGAAAGAAUGAGUAAGAGGGUGAUUUGAAGAAAGACUGUAUAAAGAGAGAUUUGACACAAUACAAAAGAAAAAAGCUCUGAAGAAUAUCAGUGGAAUGACGGGUUGUGACAGCAGCACUCUCGCCUCAUACUGUUGUAAAAAAAAAACAGGGAAGGUGCCUGGCAAAUUGAAAUCCGCAUAGCCAAGCUAAGCUGAGCUUACUGCAAUUAUUUCCUUCACCUGGGGAACCCCAGAGUACCCCCGCGCCACUCCAAGGGUGGUGAGGAUGGAGGAACUGUUAUAUUUUGUCCUGGCAGAAAAAAGGUGACAGUUCCUCACGCACUUACCGGAAGAAAGGAACUGUGGACAGGCGCAAUGGUAUGUCAUUCUCUGAUCCCAGAAACCAGUUGUCCAACUGAGAAUGCCCAGGGCAGGGUGGAGGAGUCUACUCAAGCCCGAUACCCUCAGCUGCGAGGGAAAGCAUAGCUGCCAACUCAGCAUUAGCCUCAGACUGGGCCACCACACCCGAGGAUUCAGCCCUGCCCUCAGAUGCUGCAAUCCACAGCUCGUCAUCCUUGUGAGCCUCGAAUGAGAAAUUAAGCUCACUGCCAAACCCAAUCGAAAACUCAACUGUUUACGGGGACUCGCCUGGCGGAAGCUUCCCCAUAGCAUCUCCUUGCUCAUCCUCAACGCAUUUUGCAGAGACCUCGUACACGGAGGUAGAAGGACCAGGGCGGGAAGCAGUUGAGGUUGAUCUCUGUCUCUUGAAAAAGAAAGAGAGCCAUGUGCGCAACAUGCUCAUGUUCAUAUUCUCGCAAUGAGAACAUGAUCCAUGAAUGAUGUUUCAGCAUGAUCAUGGCCCAAACACUGAAGACACAAAUCGUACCCAUCCGAGGGAGACAUGAAUUUGAAAAAUUUCAAAGAGACAUGAAAAUUUUGCUCUUUUAGAGAAAUUCACUCUUUUGCUUCUUAUUGCUACCUGUCACAACUUUUUUUGAAUGUGUAGAUCUCAUGAAAUCCAAAAUGAUCCACUAUUUGGCAUGACAUUUCAAAAUGUCUCACUUUCAACAUUUGAUAUGUUAUCUAUAUUCUAUUGUGAAUAAAAUAUAAGUUUAUGAGAUUUGUAAA